GGUAAACAAUCACCGAUCGCUAUCUACCUGGGCCGUGGAUUCAACAGUGCAGCCUAAAUGACGGAGGACCUCGCGUCACUUUUAUUUUACAAAAGCAGAAAUAUCUGAUAGUUGAUGGACUAAAUGCCGCACUCUUUCUCCGGAUGCCAUGGCUCAAAAUAUUGGUUUGAACGCCCACGUAGGAUAGCGAUUGGAGAUCGUCUAGUCGAGUCUUAAUCGGUCACUUCAUCCCCGGUAAAAUCUGGAAGUGAGCUAAACUCGGCGAAGAAUCAAAAACAUUGAGGGGGAAAAAAAUGCGAGUUAUUGAAAUCAGAAAGUUAGAGGUGCUUUUUUGCAAAAGUGAGCGAGCAUUUUAAAUUGCGUGAGCCCUCCCGCUCUCGUUACUUUUCACCGCUCGUCCGAUCACAGUCUUGCAUUCACUUCCGGCCUCAGACAACGCGCUCGAAGACGCCUUCAAGUGGCGUUGGACAUUUCGGCUAAAUUAAAAGGGGCCGUUGCUUCUCCGGGUCGGUUGGCUGGGGGAGCGCCUUUAGCAAGGGUAGCCAGACUGCAUGCAGCCCUUCCAGAGGAAUCACGUUUAAAAAGGGCUGGCAAUGGAGUCCACGGGGAAUUUCUUUUUGUGUGGAAAAGCAGCUGUAAUCGAAGCCAAUUUGAGAGACGAGUAUUACUGGAAGCUGGUGGCAGACUUUGUCGGCCCUCAGACGGGGGAAGGCUUGGACCUGGAUCGAGAACAUUGCAAAAACCGACUCCUGAUUCAAAGCGGCCUCAUGAGGGAGGACAACAACUUCCCGUGGAUCUCCGUCAUCAGUUGGCUGAGGAGGAUUUUCCCCGCGUAUCAUUCGGCCGACUUUCGGCGCUUGAUCGAAAGGGGCGUCGCCACCACCCUGAGCUUGGCGGGCGACGCCAGGCGGGCGUUCCUGGAGUCGUACGUCAACUUUAACUUUGUGGGCCCCAUCUGCGACAGCAUCGGCGUGGAACGAGAGCACCUCUUGAAGAUGAAAGACUUCUCUGAGCGGGCGCAGGCCAUCGAGGUGACCAACGGUUUGAUCCUGGAGCUGAGCAACUUUGUGACCCGGGAGCGAGUUUCCCCCAUCAACCUGGUCACCUGGCUGAGGAACUUCGACCCGGAAUACUGCAAAGAUGGCAAAAUUCAAAAAGCUUAUCGAGUCCUGAAGGGUAAGAUCAGAAAGCUGAAGAUGUGCUACCACAAUUCCGAAACGAGAAGUCGCAGGCGGAACAUUGUGAUGGAGAAUUUGCUCCAAAGUCCCUUCGAUCUGGUGCGGUCGAGAGACUGUGCCAAAACGUCCACCAGGAAGCGCGCAGUCGUCCCACAAGCGUCGCCCCACGAAAAGGUUCUUGUCAAGCAGGAGUACGACGUUGACGAAAGCUCUGCCGCCAAGGAGUACGAGGAGGAUUCUUCGUCCGGACUCGUUGGGACGCAAGUGUCGCCGAGCGGUGGAGGCAAGAACGCUUACGACGGUCCCGACGUAGUAGCGGCAAAAAAAGAUGCCGAGGUUUUGCCCUCUCUGCUGGACGUGGCCAUGCUGUCGGUCCAGAAGCUGUCGAGCAUACACGGCGGGCAAACGCAAACGUGCAAAAAGAUUUCCUUUGACCUCUUCAAGAAUCAGUACGCGCUAACGUGCAAGGAGCACCCCACCAUGGAGCUGUUCGAGGAAACGCUUCAGUCGGUGGACGAGCGGGUCUCGCUGGCGCCCCCGGCGGUCUUCCUCCAGAGCAACGCCAAUUUCCUGGUGGGCGUACAUCACGCGGUGGAGCAACAGGUCAUGGCGUUCGAGGACGAGAUCAUCCAGUCGCGGGGCGAGAAGCUGGGCCGCGACGGGAACGCCCUCUUCAAGAAGGUGGUCAACUUCACGGAGAGCGCCACCUCCCGGUUCGUCCACAUGGCCGUGGACAUGCUGACGCCCAACCGGGGGGCUCUCCUGAACUACAAGAAGCACUGGGUGGCCUUCUGCAAGGAGAAGAAGAACCCCUCCCGGCUGGUCAGGAACCCUCCCAAGCUUUUCCGCAGCUACUUAGAGGCCGCCGCCGGCCUCAUUCACCACCACAACGAGAUCGGGCUCUUCUUCUCCGACAUGCUGGCGCUCAACAACGACGAGGGCCCCAACGUGCUCCUCGAGAGCCUGGUCGCCGACGCCAGCGAUUCAGUCAUCCAGAGCAUCGUGUGCGUUCUGGGUAUCAUCUACUGCAAAGUGGUGGGUCCCUACUGGCAGCUCCUGAAGAGCGCAGGUGAGUAUUGCCUCUUCAGCCAGUACCUGCUCUGCCUGUACCAGAAGUUCCUGGAGUGGUCCAAAGACCCCGGCACGAUGAUGGUGCCCGAGGAGCUCACCAAUGUCUUCCUGCAGUUCCCGCUGCACGACAAGACCUACAGCGGCGCGUACGAAUACUGCGGCGACUUGCACACCAACAGGGACCUGAUCAGGGUCUGCUUGAAGAGGAUGAUCAAGGCCAUCACCGGCGUCGUCGAGGAGCACUUGAGCGACUUCCUGCCGGGCGGACGUUUUGCCAAAGUGCUGCCGCCCAGUUUAAACCUCAAGCUGCUGAAGUGCAAGUUCGCCGUCCUGAUGGCCGACUACCCCUACGGCCGGCCGCCGGGGCAAGACGACAACAGACAGCCCACGUGCUCGGACAGCUCCGACGACUUGAGUUCUUCCGACGACAUGAGUUUGUCGGACUCCCAGGAAACUUCCCGGGGACGAGCGGCCAACUCCCCCGCCGGGGCCCAUUCGGUGAAAGGUCGGGCGCAGCAGAAGACGGGCAGACGCCAGGCCCUUAAAAUCUACACAGAACGCACGGACCUGGACUACAUCACCAGCACGGUGGAGAAAAACGGGGGCCCGUGCCGAACCCAGCAGGACGUGGACAAGCUGCUGCUGCGCCUGGCCGACACCAACCGGGUGACGAAGCGCGAGGCCAUUCGCUGCGAGAUCGCCUAUCAGAAAAUGGUGCUGCGCAACGGCGACCCCAUCCUCAACUCCGACUUCCACACCACCACCGACAUGAUGAUCAAGCUGAAGCUGGCGCUGCCCCGCCUCAAGCCGGGCUACUCCAUCAUUUUGGCCCCGAGGAAGACGGGGAUUGGGAACCCGGUCCGUCAGAGCGCGCCGGAUGCUGCGAGCGGCGAUCCCGACCCGAAAGGGAACCAACUGGGGUGAUAUCGUCAAGGAAUCG